AUGUCAAUAAAGUUUUUCCUCCGGGACAUGGCCCUCUGCUGUUCUGAUAGAAGGUGUGGGGGAGGAGAACUUUUCGUGAUCGAAGGAGUAAAAACUUUUAGUACCGGAGUAUAUAGGGAGCGAGAGAGGGGAAGCCCGUGGGCCUACUGGAGGCCGAACCUCUUUGCGGCCCCAGGAUUCCAAUCUGCGGCCGGUCAAAGGCUUUUAUAG